AUGAGUGGCCAAGUUCAAAAAAGCCUUCGGGACUUCGACGUGCUGGCGGUCCUCGGAUGCGGCUCCUUCGGGACCUGCUAUAAGGUGCAGGACAGGAGCACCGGCGAGGUGUUUGCCUUAAAAGGCAUCGAUUACGACCAGCUAGACGAGGACAAGCGCGAGGCGCUGUUCUCGGAGGUCACCAUGCUCCGGGAACUGCAGCACCCCAACAUUGUGCAAUACCAUGACCAUUUCGACAAUCGGGUGGCCAAGGUAUUGCAAAUUCUAAUGGAGUGCUGUGCCGGCAGCGAUCUUGCCCAGCUUGUCGAGCGGGCGCGAACAGAGCGACGCCGGUGCGAGGAGCCCUACAUUUGGCGGCGAUCGGGACACCGGGACGUGAAGCCGGCGAACAUCUUCCUGGACGCUGCCGGCAACGCCAAGCUGGGUGAUUUCGGCCCGGCCCAGAUGCUGAGGCGGGACCAGAGCUUCGACGCUGCGUUCGUGGGCACUCCGGUGUACAUGAGUCCGGAGCUAGUCCGCGGCAGGAGGUCCGACUGGAAGAGCGACGUGUGGGCCCUGGGAUGCGUGGUGUACGUGAUGUACCCUGCUGAAGUUUUAUCUGAAAGGCAUACCCACGUGUCUCAACGAUUAAAAAUGGAUCGCAUGGAUUUCUCCCACAAAACCCUCCACGACUACGACGUUCUGGCUGUGAUGCGCAACGGCUCGUUCGGGACCUUGUUCAAGGUGCGGGACAAGAGCUCCGGCGAGCCGUUUGUCCUGAACGGCAUCAAUUACGACAAGCUGGACGAGGUCAAGUGCGAGGCGUUGUUCUCGGAGAUAACCAUGCUCCGCGAACUGCAGCACCCUAGUAUUGUGCAAUACCACCACCUUUUCGACAAUCGGGUGAUGAAGGUAUUGCACAUUGUUAUGGACAUACCCACGUGUCUCAACAUUCAAAAAUGGAUCGCAUGGAUUUCUCAAACAAAACCCUCCGACUACGACUUGCUGGGCGUGAUGCGCAACGGCUCGUUCGGGACCUUGUUCAAGGUGCGGGACAAGAGCUCCGGCGAGCUGUACGUCUUGAAGGGCAUCGGCUACGACAAGCUGGACGAGAUCAAGUGCGAGGCGCUGUUCUCGGAGCUUACCAUUCUCCGGGAACUGCAGCACCCUAACAUUGUGCAAUACUUCCACCAUUUCGACGCAGUGUGCCGUGCCCUGGAUCGGUGCCACAGAAGGAUUGACGGAGCCAUCCUGCACAGAGAUGUGCAGCCGGCCAACAUAUUCUUGGACGCUGCCGGCAACGCCAAACUGGGCGAGUUCGGCCUGGCCCAGAUGAUAAGGGAGCUAACCCUCGACGCUUCGGACGUGGGCACUCCGGACUACAUGAGUCCGGAGCUAGUCCGCGGCAGGAGAUAA